AUGGAUAAGGAAGUUUAUUUAAUUGGAGUUCUGUCAGACGAUCCUGACGAGCUUUCAGACACGUGCACCAUUACACUAAGUCAAGGUCUACCGUUAUCGCAAUCAACGAUAAGUCAAACGUCAACUAAUUCUUAUUUUGAAGCUGAACUUUUGAAGUCAGCAGAGACUCCGAAAAUUAAUAUUAUGACACCAGAACUUGUUGCUGCGUUAGAUCGCGCAAAUGUAAGUAGCAGAAAUGCUACUUAUAUUUUAGCUGCUGCUUUGAAGGGUGCUGGAAUUGAUCUUCAUAAUGUUAAUUUAAGCUACAGUACUAUUCAUCGAAAACGUAUACUUUUAAGAGAGGAUAUUGCUAAAAAAUUAAAAGAAAAUUUGAAAUUAAACGAUAACUACGUUGUUCAUUGGGAUGUCCAUUUUUGUCAGAACAACAUGACAAGCCUAUUUUUAUAUCAAGGUCACCAAUUAAAUUUAGAUGGACGUCACAACGUCAACGGUAACCAACGUUAUCGUUGUUUGUAUUUUGAUAGCGUUCGUCGAUGUCCAGUUAAAUUAUGGCGAUUGUCUAAUGGUCGCAUGUUACAAAUAGGCCAGCACAACCAUAUGGUUCAUCAGAUUCAACCUAAUCCUCCUCAAAGAAGACCUGCCCCGAGAGUACCUAAUGCUAAUCGACGGCAACCAGCCCACCGUCAAUCGCUUCCUCCAACACCUUCAACCUUUGAGGAACUUGAAGAAAUUCUGUUGGUUUUACGUGCUGCUGAUAAUAUAUACCAAGGUCAUGUAAAAGACAAUUCUUCAAUGGCAUAUAUAUUCAGCAAUGAUCGCAGUUUGAAACUGCUCAGUGAAUCUUCCGAGUGGCACAUCAAUAUGUGCUUUCAGUGUGCGCCACUCAUGCCCCAGUGCAGUUUUUUGCUAACUAUUUUAUUGCGGCGAGAAAAUUUGACACUCUUUUCGAAGAACACUGAUGUGGUCGUUCCACCAGUGUACUGCCGGGCGUUGGCUUAUGCUGUGUUUCCGGACCAUACUGGCGUCACCGGCCUGCACAACUCUUUUCAUCAGGUCCUUGGUCAUUUCUUCUGGGGAUCCAGCAGUAAUCGGUUCACUAUCAAGGGCUAUGUCAUAUUUCAGGAGCCUGUUCGUGAAGUAGCUCGCUAG